UCGAAGAUAGUUGAAUUCCCGUUCAAAUCUACCCAAAAUAAUCGAUUUCUGGUACCAAAAAUGAGUAAUAAUUGAUAAAUUGUGUGCAAUAAAGACAUUUAAUUGCGGUAGAUCCGAAAGCGAAUUUGGCAACGUUGAAAUUUGAGACGACAGGUGCGCGAUUCACGGAUUUUUCUUCUUGUAUUUGUGAACGGACAACAACCAGAGGCAGAGUGCGAGAGAGUGCAAUGUUACCAGUGUUGUAGUUGGAGUCCGUGUCGUCGUCGUCGUUCGAAAUAUUCGUGGUUCGGAAUUCGUGCGAUGGCUCUCUUUGCGAAUCAAUGCAGGUUCAAUUGUGGCAAGACGUUCGCCACACUGGGCGAGCUCAUUUACCACAUCGAGGAAAUCCAUAUUGAUUACGACCCACAAACCAUCGAGCAGAAGGAACAGUCACAACCAACAUGUCUUCCGUUGAGUUACGUCCUGCGGUUCGUCACCGAGGCGCAUCGCAUCCAAAAUCAGUCAAAGAUGCGGGAAACUUUGCAGCAGCAAGCUCAAACGCCCACCUCGCCCAUUGAAUCUCCCCUCACACCGACAACGACGUGUCCCGGCAAGGGCACUGCCACCUCCGCCCAAGGCAUCCUCGGCAGCAAUAACGGUAACAAUAACACCAGCAACCACAAUAAUAACAAUAACACGCUUACCAGCAACAACAACAACAAUAAUGGCACCGAAAUUAAGCGAAAGCUGGCCAUUACGCAUCACUCGUACUCGUUGUCGUCGAAUCGGAGUAAUACGCCAACAGGAAGCGAAGCAAUGAGUGAUGACGAACCAAUGUUAUCGGAAAGCGAGGAUAGCAAUGAUUCAUGGACAACUGAAGAGUUCAGUUCUGAAUUUAUCAUGAAAUAUGGCGUGAAGCACAGUGCUGCUAACGGUCUCGGAACAAACGAAAAGCCCUACGUAUGUCCCGUACCUGGAUGCAAGAAGCGUUACAAGAACGUCAACGGUAUCAAAUAUCACUCGAAAAACGGUCAUAAAAAGGAUGGAAAUGGUUUAUUCAACUGCCGCGUUCGCAAAGGCUUCAAAUGCCAGUGCGGCAAAAGCUACAAGACGGCGCAGGGACUUAAGCGACACGCAAUGUUGUCGAAUCACAGCACGCAAAACAUGGCGGAAGGCGCGAACGGCAACGGCUCGCCCUCCAGUAGCGGCAAUAGCGGCACCAGCAGCGGCUUGUUGGGCCUCAGCUCGAGUACUGCCAUGAAAAAUAGCAUGAACCUCGUGACGCUCAAGACGAAACCGAGUCUCGUAAGUAUCUCGGCGGCGAACAAACUCGUGAAAUUCGUGUCGGAUGCCAGUGGCGGCAGCGGCGGCGGCUCAAAUGGUUCGAAAUCGAGCGCGUCGUCGCCCUCGUCAAGCAUAGUACAAUCACCCUCAGGUAACAACAGUCUCGGCAUCUUGACACCGGCGACGUCGCCGAAGCAGCAGCAUCCGCACUUGUCGUCUGCCGGCAGCAACAUUACGGGUAACACGAGCUCAACGAACAAUGAUACCGACACCGAUACCGAAAACUGCUCGAUUGGUAAGACAAACUACGACGAGACGUAGCCUAUACUAAAAAAUUUAUUGCUGAGAGAGAAAAUUUAAAAUUUUACGACGAUGAUGAUGACCGAUUAGUCCGUGAACACUUCGCCAUAUAGAGAUACAAAGCUCCUCUUUUUUAAUAUUUUGUUGUUACUUUUUAAUUGUUCACAGUUUGUUUGCGCUUGUGAGUUCGCAUUUUCCCCGUGCCCCAUAAAUAUAUUGUUUUAUUUAUAAAAAUAUGAAAUAUUAGCUAGUCCAAAGAUUGGUAUUCCUUGUUUAAAUGUGUAUGAAUUAGAUUAAAUUAAAAAAAAAUAAUUA